CGGCCGCCCGGUGCCCACGUGGUUUCGCGGUGUCUCCGGAGCGGAAGAAACGGCGGCCGGGGCCGGGGCUGCGGCGGGGGCGGCCGGGACCGACACCGACACCGACACCGACACCGACACCGACACCGACACCGGCACCGGCACCGGCACCGGCCGGGGCGGGGAAGGAGCCGCAUCCCGGCGGGCACCGCCGCAUCGCAUCGCCUCGCCGGCAUUUGUAGGCCUCGAGGAGGGGCUGACCGCUGGGAACGUGGAGGGAGCGUAGCCGGUACGGUGCCGUGGAGACCUCCGCCGUUGCCCCUGGAGCCUAAUGAUAGCGCCGCCAUCUCCCGCUGACCCUCUCGUGGCUGAUCCCCUGAGCGCCUGCCCACCGCGGCUCCCUGCCUGCGCUGCCGACGCCUGAGACACGCGUGCCUGCGCCGCAGCCCUGCCCAGCCCGCGCCGACUCGCCCCGCGCCCGGGGCCCGCUGCAAGGCAGGACAUGGACUCCAUGUUCGAGGACGACAUCAGUAUCCUGACGCAGGAGGCGCUGGGGCCGGACGAGGACUGGCUCGACAGCCCCAACACCGACCUCUCGGGCGAGAUGUGCUCGGCCUCCCACUUUGCCCUCAUCACCGCCUACGACGACAUCAAGAACCGGCUGACGGGGUUGGAGAGGGAGAACUCCACGCUCAAGCGCCGGCUCAAGAUGUACGAGGUCAAGUACCCGCUGAUCGGCGAAUUCGGGGAAGAGCACAUCUUCUCCCUCUACGAGGCCAAGGAGACGUCGCUGCUCAAGAGCGAGAAGGCGUCGCUGCAGCAGCAGCUCAACCAGUUCCAGCACGAGCUGCAGAAAAGCAAAGAGCGGGAAGAGCAGCUGGAGGAGAUGAUCCAGGCCUACGAGAAGCUGUGCGUGGAGAAAGCUGACCUGGAGACCGAGCUGGGCGAGAUGCGGGCGCUGGUGGAGACGCACCUGAGCCGCAUCCGGAGCCUGGAGCAGCAGCUACGGCAGCGCGACGCCGGCACCUUCCCCGGGCUGGGUGCCCCGUUGCCGGGCCAGGACGUGCCUUUCCUCGCCCUGCACCCCAACCCUGGCUUGACCCACGUGCUGGAACGUGCCGGGGGCUGGCAGAGCCGGGGGCUGGAGGCGACGGGGCGGCUGGAGGCCGAGUUGGAGGCGGCGCGGCAGGAGACCCAGCGUGCCCAGCACCGCGAGGAGCAUCUCAAGGCCGAGUGCGAGCGGCUGCAGGCGGAGCUGAAGCACCUGCAGGAUACCCGGGAGCAGGACCAGUCGGAGCGGGACAUGGCCUGGGUGAAGAAGGUGGGCGACGACCAGGUGAACCUGGCGCUGGCCUACACGGAGCUGACGGAGGAGCUGUGCCGCCUGAGGAACCUCAGCUCCCUGCAGAGCCAGAUCCUCCGCGCCCUGCUGCAGGAGAAGAGCCUCAACGGUGGCCAACGCCACUCCCCGCUGUCCCAGUGCCAUUCCCCAGCCCAGCAGCGUCGCUCGCCCGCCCCGCAGUGCCCCUCGCCCGCUCCGCCGGGGCGUUCGCCAGCACCCCAGUGCCAGUCGCCAGCGCUGCAACGGCGUUCGCCGGGACCCCCCAGCCAGUCGCCGGCCCAGCAGCGCCGCUCGCCAGCCCCCGGCCCCUGCCAGUCCCCUGCCCAGCAGCGCCGGUCCCCGGUCCCCCCCUCCAGCCAGUCGCCCGCCCAGCAGCGCCGGUCCCCAGCCCCACCGCCCUGCCCGUCCCCGGCCUCGGCGUCACCGCACCGGCUGCCCGGCGAGAGGAUGGAGCUGGGUUACGCCAAACCCUCCAGCCGCCACAUCAAAGCCGGCUUCCAGGGUCGUCGCAGCUACUCGGAGGUGAGCAACGUGGCCCUGUACCAGCAGAGCCGCUCGCUCUGGCUCCAGCCCGAAGCCUCGACGCUUCCCAAGCACCGGCCCUACGGCGAGGUGUACCUGGGGGGCACGGGGUCCCCCCUGAGCGCCCGCGAGCCCUUCGAGGAGCACGUGCGCUUCGAGAAGCAAUCGUCGGAUGAAGAGGAGUGGGCCCUGCCCAGUCCCCCCAGCCCCGAGGCGGGGGCUAUCCGCUGCGCCUCCUUCUGCGCCGGCUUCCCCGUCCCCGACGCCGACGCCGUGCACCGGACGGCCGCUGCCUACGCCCGGGCAGAGCACGCUCAGUCCUGGCCCUCGAUCAACCUGCUGCUGGAGACGGUGGACUCGGAGGUGCGGAGCUGCCCGCUGUGCCAGCUGGCUUUCCCCAUCGGCUACCCGGACGAUGCCCUGGUGAAGCACAUCGACUCGCACCUGGAGAACAGCAAGAUCUGAGCCUUCCCCCGCCUCCCCGAUCUUUGGAUGCUGCAUGAAAACACACCAGGAGCGACACGGCUCCCGAAAUACCUCCAAGUCUUCAGUAGCUACAAAAAGACUGAGCCCCCCCACCCCACCCCGGAGCCCCCCGGCCCCCCAUAAGUGGGCUCCUCUGCUCCCGCCUCGCCACGUCCCUGCAUCCGCGCCGGGUUCGGAUGCUCGAAUGGGGGCACCGGGAUAACGCCAUCCCGGGUGGCGGCUGGAGGGGACCCGUCUGCACCCUUGGGUGUCACCUGCACCCUUGGGUGUCGCUGCUUGAUCUCAGGGAGGAUUCGAGGGGCCGGGUCCUGGAUCUGGCCCCCAGGAAGCAGGUGAAGGGAAGGGGCUGCCCCUUCCCCGGCUCCUUGGGUCAGAGUUGGGUUUUGGGGGAUUGGGGGGGGGGCAGCUGCUUAUUCUCGGUCCCCUUCACCUCAUCCCACCGGUUCAAGCAUCUUUCCACUCUUUUACAUUAAAAGCAUCACCCCCCCCCCCCAAUUUCUACCCCCUCCCCACAAAGAUGCUGCUGAGAAAUGAACCCCGAGGUGCAGCAUGGACCCCCCCCACCAUUGCACUGAGCUCCACAACCUGGGGGCUCUCCCCAACCCUGGCCCCCCCCGGCAUAGGGACAGCGCAGCCCCCCAGCAGCCCCCCGCCACCGGGUCCCCCCCGCUUUAGCCUGGGGCUGCAGGUGGCUGCUCACCCCAAGCCCCCCCCAACCCAUCACCCCCAUCCCCCUCACGUUCAAUCUACCUCAAAGCUGCUGGCACAGGGGGGGGUCCACAGCGCCGUUCCCCUCCCCGCCGAGCCACUCCGCGCUGCAUGUCCCCCCCCGUGCCACGGCGCGAACCCCCGCCACCCACCCCCAAAGGCUCGGCCGGGUGCGGCCCCCCCCCCCCCCCCCCCCCCCCCCACUGCACCGGGACCUCUGGGUGGAGGGACCCGCGCUCUCUGCAACGCCACCGACUCCAAUAAAAUCCUUCC